UUAAAAGACUUCAGCUGGGUGAUGAAAGGGUAUUAUAGGCUCUUCCAAUCGAGACAGAUACUCUCACAUUCCUAUCCAUUUGCGUAUUACAUGUUUGGUGAAGAACUAGUUGAGAAUGAAAUGACUCAGAGAGAACGAGAAAUAAAACAAAACCUUUUUGAGGACCAGCAACAGCAGCUUGAAACCAAUACCGAGAGGCUCUCAAUGUUUUUGGAAACCCCGUUUGAUGAAUUCGCAGAAAAUAAGGUUGUCGAGAUGCGGCUCAAGAUCAUCACUCUCUCGGCUGUUAUUGAUAAUUUCUGCAAAAAAUUGUAUGAAUGCAUUGACAACGAUUUACUGGUUCAUCUUCGGUUCAACCACACCAUCUCUCCUUAUCAAUCAAGUGGUGCAGUGAAAGCCUCAGAGCUAGCGGGUGAUUUUCCAAAGGAUGUCAACUUUUAACUGGAGCUUGUAAUUUGACCACUCGAGUUGUCCAGUUUGUAACGAGACCGACACUCUUGGCUUCACAAUAUAAAUGAAUGAAUAUAAGCUUAUACUGCUCAUAUAGCAUGAUUAGAUUUAAGUCGUACUUGGCAUUCUUUUAUUUUUGUAACCUU